UUACCUUAUUCUCCCACAACUUCCACCAUUCUUUCCCUUUCUCACUCUUCCAACAAACAAAACCACUUUAUAACCGAAAAAAAACCACUCUUCAAAAUCCACCACCACCCUUUCUUAUAUUCCCCUGUUUUUUUCUGUGUGCGUUUUUCUUCAUUCUUCCGCCAAAAAAUUCUUGCGAUUUUCUCUCUGAAUCUUUUAAUGGGUAAGUACAUGAAGAAAGCCAAACCAAAAGGUGAAUUAACUUUGGUUGAUUCCACCACUACUAUCACUACCACCGCAACAACCACCACUUAUUGUGGUGUUCGAACUCGUGCCAAAACCCUAGCUCUUCAAAAACAGGAUCUUUCUCCUUCUUCUGAUUCUUACCUUGUGCUUCGAAGUCGUCGCCUUCAGAAACCCCCAAUUUCCCAACAUCCGUCAAAGCGGAAUAAGGUGCAGAACCAAAACCCUAAAUCCCCAAUUGCGAAUUCGAAUGACAAGGAGAAAAUGCUGAAGCAGAAUCCUGACGCUGAAGAUGCUUCCUUUGGGGAAAAUGUUUUGGAUUUUGAAGGUAGAGAGAGAAGCACUAGGGAAUCCACACCUUGUAAUUUGAUAAUGAAACCGGACGCUGUCAGGACUCCUAGCUCAACCACCAAGCGUACUCUUUCAACGGAAGCUUAUCGCAGAACCGAGCAUGCAACUAGAACUGUAAUCCCAUCUACCCGGGAAUUCGACGAAUUCUUUGCUAAAAGUGAAGAGGCUCAACGAAGGCAAUUCAUGGAGAAGUACAACUUUGAUCCAGUGACAGAGAAGCCGCUCCCCGGGCGUUACGAAUGGGAAAAAUUGACUCCCUAGAAGUAGCAGCUGUUAAGUGUUCCAUCAAGACAUCUUUGAAGUAGCAGUGUUAGAAUUUGUUGAAAUUGUGGUGGUGUUAUUUCCAUUUUCCACCACUUUCUAUUUACUUGUAAAGAAAGUAGGGAGUUUCAACAUGUGUAGACUAAUGAUCUGUAACUUUACAGAGGUGUUGAUUACACAACAAUACAAAUGUCCUUUGUUCUAACAGAUCAUUAAAGAGAGGGAAGGUGCUGUAGUUGUAGGGAUUAGGGGAUAAAAAAUCAAAUUAGGUGUUGUAUGAGGUUACAGGAAUUUCCUUUUGUUCUUGUAUUUUACUCUUCUUUGUCUAUACUUGUACUGAUGGAACAAACUCUUAGAAAUAAAAACACCAGAUUCCCUCAUCUAGAAA